AUGCCCGACAAGUCACAAUCUACAGCGGCAAUGGCAACACUCGGCACCAACUGGCCUGUUCGUCCGGUAUAUCAGAGUGAGGCCAACGUCUUGCAGCAACCAUACUCCAACGAAAACUCCCUCACCAACCCUCACUCAGCCUGGGACUCACAACAACCCAACACCUUCUCAUUCAAUUCCAACCGCCGUAGCACCAUCGAAGACGACGGCAUGCACAGUCCUAAAUCCCCCAGCACACCACGCUUCACCUCCCACCACACCUCGUCAAAAACGCCACCUCUCUUCUCGCCUACUCCAACAUGGCAUCAACUACGAGUACCCGCCUGGCUAGAGCGACAUGAUCACCCAACAUUCUCGGAGCAGCAAGCCUCUACAAAGCAGACCGAGCCGCUGCAACAACAACAAGACCAACGACACGAGCAACCCGCCCGCCUCCGCGACUGGCUCGACGCACGGAAACGAAGCCAGGAAGCGAAGACGACUCGAGGAAUACACUUGUUGGAAGGCAAGCGGCAGGCGAGAGCGCAGCGGAUAGCGGAAGCGAAGGUCAGGAAUCGAGAGAAGAAGGAGAGGUGGAAGGCGCUGGCGAGAAAGGCGGAGGGGAGUGGCGAGGAUUGUGUGAUGGAGGAUUGA